AGGCGGGGCCGCCGCUCCCUGUCCGCGCUCGCGCUCGCUCGCUCCGAGGAAACCGUCCCACCCGCCAUGGUGAUCGCCCGCGGCGCCGGGGAGCUCGAGCCCGAACCGGACAACGGUUGCCUCUUGAUUGAGGAUUGCUUUCCCCCACUGCACAACUCGCCUUCCAAGCGAAUAUCGCCAGCAAAACGCAAGCAGUAUUACAUUAAUCAAGCCAUUCGAAACUCCGAUCUCACUCCCAAGGCAAAAGGGAAAAAAAGUCUGAGAAGACUUGAGAACACUCACUACUUGAUGAACCUGGUGGAGAAAGAUGAGUGUUGCAAGGACGAGGAAGGAGAACAGACUACCUCAGCCUCCCCUACCAUUUUUACAGAAGCUUGUACUAACUAUGACUACAUUGAGAUCUGGAAUGAAUUUAUGAACCGCUCUGGUGAGGAGCAAGAGAAAUUCCUGCUUUAUCUGGAGGAAGAGGCUAAGAAGAAGAGCAAGGGGAAAGUCCAUUCAAACCCUCAGGAUGAGAGAGGGGACCAUCUAGCCAACAGUGCCAAGGAGAGCUUCCAGCGGAUUGACAGGAGGCUACGCGCUGCCCUGAGAGGCCGGCAUAUCCCCAUGGGCACCUUGGAAUUUCUUGAAGAGGAACUGACUGGAUUCUUUGCCACAAACCCACAGUCUGUCUACAAAGCCAUGCUGGAGAACAGUUACGAGAGAUUGCUGCUUCACGCCCUGUGCCAAUACCUUGACCUAUUCUCGCAGAGUUCUGACCUCAACGGAAAGCGUCAGACAAACAUAACUAACAAACGCACCAACUUUCUACCUCCCGUCCCCAUGUUGUCUGCUUACCUGGAACAGCGAAGGUGAUGGGAGCAUGGUAACUCUCCGUGCUCCCCCUGGAUUGGGUGUCAGAAGCUUUAGGCACUCAUACAGCCCACGAGGGUGGAUUACGUGGUUUGUCUCUCCACCAUCUCACACUCUGAGCGUGGAGACCCUGACAUAGAAGGUUCUUUCUUUUGCUUUGGUGUUUCUUCUAAUUACAAAAUAAUGAGGUAAAUUAAGAGCUAAGGUGAUUUGUUAGUCUCUCAAUGUUUAGGAUUAGUUAGCUUUGUGUCUAGAACCAUAAAUACUUUUAACUAUGAAUGUAUCAACCUUGUUUGAGAUGCAGUACUCAAGCCUCACUUUGUUGAAUUCUCUGUAGCUUUUACAACACUGUUGCUAUGAAAUGUUUCCUCCAGAUUCCAGGUAUUUGUGGAUAAGUCUCUGUCUGGAGCUGUCAGAUGUGGCUGGUCCGACAAGACUCAGUCUCUUGAGAAAUCUGCAACAGAACUGUGUGUGUAUCAGUCUGAACCCCACUAUUCUCUCUGCCUUUCCUCAAUA